AUGGGAAGAUACAGUGUGAAGAGAUAUAAGACAAAGAGAAGAACGAGAGAUCUUGAUCUUAUCUACGAUGAUAUGGCCUCUAAAGAGUCUAUUCACAAGCUCAAAAACCAGCCAUUAGAUGAGACCAAACCAGGAUUGGGCCAGUACUACUGUGUGGAAUGUGCGAAAUACUUCGAGAACCAAUUGAGUUUGGACCGUCACAACAAAGGAAAAGUACACAAGAGAAGAGUCAGGGAGUUAAAGAAGAAGCCAUAUACACCUUUAGAAGCCGAGGCUGCUGCCGGAGUGAACAUGUUGAAGUUCAUGGAGUCAGUAGAAAAGUAUAAGCAGUUGGAACAGUACAAAUCGGAAAACAAGGAAGAGUUUGCCGACGCUCUUGGCCAGAAGAAAGACACUUUGGAUGCUAUAAUAACGGGAGUCCCUUCAGAGGAAUUUCAACAACAGCAACAACAGAAUCAACAACAGCCAGAAAGACCCGAAGUCGAAAUGACCGAUUAG